GCAUAGCUGUCGUUGAAUGCCAAAACUCGCGACGCUUUAUUUCUCUCGUCAAAAACUGACAUUUUAUGCACCCGACAGAAAAAUCGCAAAAAGUGUUUUGUUUUUCGCUCGUGUGAAAAGUAUAUUCCUUAAAAAGCACAUAAAUUCAAUCGAUUCAAGUGCAGUUAUGGUGAAGCUAUAAUAAUAAGGCCUAAAACAUGGAUGAUGAUGAUUUGAUUAUUCUGGACGAUGAGAUGCACCUGCUCGCUGAAUUAGCUCAGCAGCAACAACAACAACAGCUAGGGGUCUACAAUCCGGGUCCAUCCAUGGUCAUCACGGUGAAAACCAAUGUUCCGAAGCCAAAACAAGAAACACAACAACAGCGGACCACUCGAGGUCGGGGAGUGAAACGUACCAGCAAUGGCGCUAAAGUGGUACCCACCAAGAAAAAUCAUCCUCGAGCGAUUCCCGAACCGGAUCCGCCGGUUCAGUGCAGUUCGUCGGUAAUUGUGGAUGGUCAGGAUGUUUACUAUAUACAGGAAGUGGGCGACGAUAGUUCGGAAGCCAUUGGAUUAACAGCGGAGGAUGUCCCUUAUCUAAAUUCCGAUGCGAUUGUGUCUUUAGACGAUGAUGGGACCGACACGGACGAAGCGCCGGAAGGGCAAGAGCAGCAGCUGCUGAAGGAUGAGCAAGAAUACUAUAAUGUUGAACCGCUGGAGUUGUCAGAUGUUUGGAACGACUUGAUAACGGCCAAUCAAGAGAUUCUUAUUCUGCUUGAGUUGUCGGACCUCAAGGACCACAUUGUGGACGCACGACGGAUCGAAGAGCAGAUCAAAGAUAUGGCAUGUGAGUAUUGUAACAGAAUAUUUCCGGAUAUUAAGACCUUGGACCGACACAUCCGUAAAAUACACUUCACCACAGAACUGUUCGAGUGCGACAGCUGUGACGGCAAAUUUCAACAUUUCGCGCGCUUCAAGGAUCACCUCAACGGACACACUGGGGAUCGUGUUUACCAGUGCGAUGAAUGCAACCAUCAGUAUGCCUUCCGGAUGGGAUUUCUGGUGCACAAAAUCCUCGACCAUAUGAAGCUGAACGGCGUUUACGUGUGUCCCAAGUGCGAUCUGGAUUGCCGCGAUGCCCAAAACUAUAAACUGCACAUAGCAAGCCAUAUUGAGUUUGGGCCGUCGAGCACAGCGGCACAAGUACCGGCACAGCCGAGUACUGCACCAGUAGCAGCAACAGCACCAGCACCAGCUAGAUCUAAUAAUGGGACACAGCGGAAGAACGAUUCCGUCAGCGCCGGUAAGACAUCUUCUUUCUUCAAGGAAAAUGAGCGAAACAAAUUUCUCAAUGUUUUUGAGAGCUUCUCCAAAAACCGAAACGUGGAACAGUCGCUUUCGACUGUACCUCGAAACAGGAAGAAAUUUUAAUAUUAAUUUACGGUAAGCCAUUGACAUUUCUUUUACAAUUAUUAUUUUUUUCAAAAGCUCCAGCAAGAAGUGAAUGUUGCUUCAAUUGAUUAUGUCAUAUUGAUUUUACUUUUGAACACAUGGAAUUGUUUCUAAUUCUACUUUACUAAUACAAAGUACGAAAAAAGUCCUCUUAAAAGAAAUUCAUAUAAAAAAUGAGAAUUAUAUUUCGGUAACAUUUCCUAUUCCAGAGGUUACUGUUUUUCUUUUGUUUGCAGUUGCCUCAGUGAAGAAGUUGAGUGUAUGUAUAUAAAUAAUAAUAAUUUAUCAAUAAUUGCAUUGUUGAUAUUUUUGUUCUAUUGGUCGUUGAUGACAAACGGCAUCAUGGUUUUAGAUUUCGGUAAUGAUUACUAAUAAGGUUACUUGAUUUGAUAAAGCAUUUAAAUCACCCA